GCCCAUGAUCAUUGAUUAUAUGUUUCGAGGUUGGUAUUGAGAUAAAGAUAGUCAUAGUCUCUGACUGGAGUAGCAAGUAGCUGUAGCCGAUAAUCAUGGCUCCUGCUACAAAGAGCACCACUCCACGAGCGGUGGCCCCGUCCCCACGCACCAACACGAUGAUGCCUCGUGGAGCAGCAACAACUACGCCUCAUGGAGGAGCAACGACCCCCAGGCUAGGAAUGGAGCGUCCACGUCCUCCUGGCAUCCCAAAACUAGCACUGCCACAACUAAAAGGCCUCGUGGGGCCAACUAUGGAGGCGUCGACCCUUCCCAUGCGGGAUGACAGUUAUUUGCUACACACGACGCCUAGGACAGAACGCGUCGAUGCUUUCUCAGCGAGAGCUAUGGCAGAACAUACCAAGGCGGGUUUUGUAGGGCGAGGAGCAAGUUCUAGCAGUGUUUCAUCUUGUCGCGAUGCACCAGUCCUACAUCAACCUGGCGCAGCUUCUUCAUCAAGCAGUAACUCGUAUUUUAGGUACAACAUCAACGAGGAAUCAGGCGCUCGCGCAGAUCCACCACGAAGGCUGAUCGUGAAAAGCUCAAAUAUGAAGCAAUAUUCUGGUAGAGGACAUGGUCAACAUGGAUACAACCAAGGCAAGAUCCGCGCAGCGGCGCGACCUACAUGGCGUCGAGAAGAUCAUCCUGCAGUGUCACCAAGGACGGUUCUAGGAGGAGGCAAAAUCACGGUGAGCGUGAGUGGAGAAGAAUCUCCCGUAUUCAGAAAAAAUUGGAGGAGAGAACCUCUACAGCUAGAAGCACGUCCUUGUGGAGAGCCGACAAGCGCUAGAGGCGUGCCGCUUUUGAGAAAGGUAGAAUCGGUAGACUUUCACUUGUGACUCUUGUUACUCUUCUUUACUCUUUUUAGUCUCAUAACUGUAAGAAAGUAUUUAAAUUCUGGAUGAUCAUUGCGCGUUCUUUUGCGCUGUUCUCUCCGCUUCAAUAAAGCUUAUUUGAAUGAAAAUGACUGUUGAUCCAUUAUGAUAAUAUAUUUUUAGAUUAAAAAAAAAAAUAGACUUGUUAUAGUUAUAUAGUAUAUUAUACUCAUGAUUUAGAAGCACGAGCACGACACACUCACUCGUGUUCUUAGCAAGAUGAAGCCUUAAGCUUUCACAUUCACGACCACUACUCUACAGAGACCACUCGACGCAGAGAAAAGCAGUCCUCGCCUUUUUCCUGGUGUCACCGAUAGAAGGGACAAAUUUGAAGCGAAGUUGCAAAGCCUAUAUGCUGAGUACGCACAAGCAGGGGAGUUAGACGCUAUCCACCUUCCGGAAAUGCUACAGAAGCUGUUCAAGGGUACUUUAUAGAGGACCGAAUAGCGCAUACCAUACCCGCGCAAAAUCACAUCCCCACUAAUCCUUCGGACCCCAGGAAGGACGCGGCGCGCGACUGUUCUUUCGGGGGUAGUGGCUGUGUGCGUAUCAUUUGCAUCGGGAUCGGCGCGCGCUUCUUUUAUUCUUUUGUUCGCUCUAGACAGAUUUCGAGCCUUUGAGGCUGCAGCGAUGGGCAGGCAGCUGCCGACAGCUAUUGCCCACAUGAAAGAACUGCUAGACCUGGCGCUUGCCCCUGCGGCUUCCCUUCUCCCACUCGGAUGGAGCACAGUAACGAUAGAGGCCCCGCACCUUGUCCCUCCGUGCUUGAGGCUCGUCACGCACAGGACAGCGGAAUAGGGGCUCCUGCGAGAGCUAGGGCCAGGCCUGCAGUUCUUACGGCAGCAUCGCAGAAUGCGUGAAGGGUAGUCUAGCCCAAGGGCUUCGGAGGCAGCGCGGGCGGUGCCAGGUGUGUGCGGCCUGGUCUGCAACACAUUGGAGAUGGGGGGCAACGGAUUUGGCUUCCCGCAGGUGCAACCCCGUAGAGGCCAGGCGCGCACUAGGUGCGGCCGGCGGGCGGGCAGCCUACCGGCCUGGCCGUGCUCUGCUUGCAUGGUGAAGAUCUUCGCAAGCGAGCUUCACAGCCAACCGGGCCAGCAAAAGAGGCGGCGGCGCUUUUAGUUGUCCCGCAGAGUCCUAAGGCCUACCCAAAGUUCGCACCUGUGGAGUGGCUGGAUUUAUGGAGAGCGCUGGCCCGUCGGUUCAUCCUCACCGCGACCCGCCCGGGCUUGCAGCUCGCCGCGCUCCGCGGCUUCUCGUAGCAUCUGGGGGCGCAGCCGCAAGAGCGCCAGCAGUGAAGAAGAUGCGGCUGUGCCUAGCUGGGCGGCAGAGUCACUCAGCCGGUGCAGUGAGCUCCUAAAGGCUGGCGGUAUAUGAACGCGGGAAGGCCGUUCUUUGCAAUGGUUUGGUCACCAAACUUUGGUGUGAGCAACGCCGGAAGCCUCAAAGCAGCAAGGGCAUUGCUCUGCGAUGAAAAUGAGCGCAAAGCUUGGCGGGGGUAUCUCGCUAGUGAACAGCGAAAGACCCCCGCAGCAGCCCUCACCAGCUUCACGACAAACGCGGGCACUUUUUGGCCACACUUUCGCCCUGGUCUUCCAUACUUAUCUUCACGGCGCACAUAUCUGACGAGCGGCACAUGGGCGCACCCGUCCCGAGAGACGUGGAACGAAGGCGGCAUGGGGGAGGCGCUCACUCGGUAAGCGCGUGCGCUGCAUGUGGGAGAAGAGACGCGCGGCAUGCCUCUAGCCAAGGGGGCGGCGUCUCCAAUCAGUGGCAUCGCCGCGGCUGUUGUCUUCGGCGGGAACGUAGAGCGGGGCCCUCGGCUUGAUGUUUUACGAUGGAGAAGCGGGGCCAGCGGAUGGCCUGAAGAGCUUACGCCCCGCGCCAUGACAUCGGGAAGAUUAGGACACGGACCAGGAGCCAGCAAAGUGGCGAGCUGCUUCGCGGUCAGGUCUUCGGAAAGCUGAAAGCAUAAAACUCCCAACAUGUCCCAAAAACCCGCCGGGAAGCACGACGCACGCGCACGCGCAAAGUUCGCCAAAGAAGUGGCCGACUUCGCCGCCCAUCAAACUGCUGCAAGCGCCGUGGGCUGUGCCCGCUUCAGGCGCCAACGAACCGCGGCGGGCUCGCGGCGCGCCAAAGUUAGCGCAGCGCCAAAGCCGGACGACGUAGGCAGAGCUUCUUUCUAUGUUCUUGCUAACAAGCCAAAAACGCGCACGACGCAGGGAAGCCGCCACGCCGAUGGCGUUUGCAUGACUGUCAGCACGCAGGGGCGAGGCGGAUGCGGCGCCUUUCGUUUGGCAGUUUGUGCCUGGGGGGAAUGGCUUCGCUGGAUCUUUUGGCGCUCAUGGGGACAGCCACAGCGGUGGCAAUUGUGUGAGCAAGUAAUGGCUUCGGUUUUCGCGCGCCUCGUUGGUGUCUUAAUUUGCGGAGGUGGAGGCCCUCUCCGUCCAGUGUCCAGCUUGCUGGCUUGAAUUCAACAGCGCCAGAAGUGCUUACCUGGGCGGCUUGGUAUAUCUAUGCUAGCCCCGCGCCAGGUGUUCGGGCUGUGUGUUCUUCUUUCUAUCAGCAUGGCUUAGGCUUGGCGCCUUUUCUAGUAGCUACAGCUAGUGGCCCCGUGCGUCCUCUUCUGUGGGGCAUACUUGUCUUGCGGACCAGUUGCCACGAAUGUGGGCUUUGCUUGGCUUUGUGCUCUGUUCUCUUUUGUGCCCUCGCCCUCUGUCGCUUGACGGCGUCGACUACACUCCCAAGCCCAACUACGCCCGCCCCCGCCUCGUACGUGUUGCCUGCACAGUCAGGAGCGAGGCGCGGGCGCGUUGCGUGCGUGUGUAUGCAUCUGUGCCACGGCUGCCCUCGCCUUGGGCAUGUUAGUUUCCCUCGUUUGGCUUUGGUUUGGCUCUAGCAAUUAUCUAUGGUUCUCGCACUGGGUUCGAAGCAGUUAUUUGAACUGGAAGAAAGUGCAGGCGAAGCAACUACAAACUACAAAAAAGCAAAAGGUAGGAACUUCUCACUCUCUUAGACUUAGUACGCUUCAUCUUCUCGUUCUCGCGGAAGCGGAUACAUUCAGAUUCUUACACUUAGUACGCUUCAUCUUCUCGUUCUCGCGGAUACGUUCAGAUUCAUUUUUAGCCACCAUCGACUACAACGAGGUAACCUCUCCCCUACUCUUCUCGCGGAGUUCAAGGCUGGCUUAGCGGAUCAUCUGGGAGAGACAGUGGCUUAUUUGACGGAUGAAGGCAUAUUUUGCGCGCUUGCGCAUUUUAUCCUAGACCACCAGCCUGACGCGGUUCAGAGGACAAUAUUGUUAGACUACGAUGUCGUGGACUUGAAGCGUCGAUCUGUAAUGGCGACAGUCUCAACAGGUGGACGGCAGCAAGGGCUAUUCGUUUUGAACGGUCGAGAUAUGCGGAGGACAGAGAUGAGUACUACUCCCCUCAUUAUUUUGUUUUUGAUUCAGGCCUUCAUCAGUCUGCUCAGGUGAAGGCGGGAGAGCAACCCUUUUUCAACUACAUCCGUAUAGUUUUAAAAUCAAUUCGAGGAACAUUGCGAUCAACAUGUUCCAAAUUCAACAUUCAUGAUUACAUCGAUUCAUAUCACUUAUAACGCACCUUUCUAUCUAAAUCUUGAUCCUCAGCCCUCCGACGCAUGUUUCUCGAGUACAAGAAGGCGCAAGGUGGCAUUGUGAGAAGCGAUGAGUUGCCUACGCUGUUGGAGACAGUAGGCAUCGAGGACAUUAUGAAAGACGGCUACGACAGUUUGCUGGCGUUGUUUCACGAACAAGAUCAACAGACUGGUGGUAUUAAGGCUGGAGGAAAUCCAUCUUUCCCGGCAUCUUGUUCCCGUUUUGAAGGGAAAAUGGCUACGAAGAUGCUCACCGAGAUGGAUUUCUGCAGUGUCUAAUGGUAGCAAGAGUGGUAGUGACGUAGACGAGGUAGACUUUCAAAAGUUCAAAAGGAUUGUGAACCAUCUGACAGGGUGA